AUGAGCACCUUCUUACGACUUCCGUCGCGAAUCCGGGCGCCUAUUUCCUCUACUCCUCUCGGUCGCCCUCUGCCCAAACUCCCUGGCCAAUCGUGUUAUGUUCAUGGUACAGCCAAGAACUUUGAUAAAGCCAAUGAGCAUGAUCUGGAUGAGGAAGGCUGUGAACGUGAUAAUACGCCGAACCACCCAAUUCCCUCAAACAAAGCUCAUCCUACUCUUCGAGAUGGCAGGCAGUCAAACCUAUCUGACAUGGAAGGCAAGAAGCAUGAGGAUCUACCGGAGGAUGUGAGAAAGCACAAUGAAGAGAUGGAACAACGAUACGAUCGGCCUUACAACCAUAUCUCGGACGAGGGUCCGAUCGAGGGAGCCUUCAAAACGAAAUGA